AUGGCCAUGGCCAGAGAUAUGAGGACUGGUCAAACAUUCGUGUUAUUUGUGAUUUUAUACACAUACAUAGGAUUUGGAGCAAAUGGCCAGAUUUGUAGACCUCAGAACAGCUGCCUUUAUGGACACUACACUUGCGAUGAAAACGGGAAUAAGGUGUGUUUGGAAGGAUUCCGCGAUCCCCACUUGAACUGUACAACACGUCUCGUCCCCCCUGAGUCUGACCCUGAGUGUCCAGAUGGGGGCUGUAUCAAUGGUUACUGCUUCAAGUCAACGUGUUGUUGUUCAUCAGGUGACUUCUGUGAAGACUUAGCAGGAAGUUCUACUCCUCAACCCCCUACUACCACACCUCCCCAACCCCUAACUACCACGACUGCUGAGCCAAGAUGUCCCCCCAACUAUUACGGUAUGAAUUGUGAAGCAUACUGCAAAGCUGCCGAUAGUUGCAAGGAAGGGCACUACACAUGUGACCCUUUAACAGGGGCCAAGCUCUGCUUUGAAGGAUGGACCAAGGAAUCCGGGUGCAAAGUAAAGUCGACUGAUCCAUUAAAUGACCAAGAAUGUCCUAGCGAGGGAUGUAACCUUGGGUUUUGUUGGCGUGGAGGAUGCUGUUGUUUCGAUAACAUUAUUGGACAAUUUUGCGACACACCGGUUAAUCGUUGUGACUCAGCACCAUGCCUGAAUGGAGGGACUUGUUCCUCAACACCACCAAGCAGUGAAUACACAUGCAAUUGCCCACCAAACUUCAAUGGACGAAACUGCGAGAAUAACAGUACAGCGCCACCUAGGACCAACCAAUGGUAUGAGUUCAUCAUAGGAUUCACAUCCAACAUGAACAUAAAUAGUAACGCAUCCGUCAAUGUGAUCGUUAGCAACCCAAACAACCAAAAUGUUCUCUUUUACAUCACCUCACCCUAUCUUCCUUCUCAAAUCCAAGAGACUCUCGGUCCAAAAGGCACUCCUGGUCAAUCCGUCUCAGUAGCCCUCCCAGGCGGUCUUCAGAUGGGGAAUAAUGUAAAAGAGAACAAGGGCAUACGUGUAUAUUCUGAGUUGCCUAUAGUAGUACAUGGAAUGAACAACAAGGGAGUUGCAAGUGAUGGGUUUUUGGGCAUCCCAGUUAGAGACCUUGGGAAUUACUACAUCAUACCCUCCUAUUUGUCCAAAACAGCAUCGGAAUCUUCCAACAUUGGUAUAGUUGGCAUUGCGAAAGACACAGAGGUUAGGAUAUUGCGUCGAGUACCAGAUAUCGGUUACGUAUCCCAGAAUAUAAGUAUUCGCCUUAACAUGCUAGAAACGUAUCAGGUGAAUGAGUUUGGUAGUGACUUGACAGGUACUAUUGUUGUAAGCAGUGAUCCGAUAGCUGUGUUCUCUGGGGCUUCAUUCACAAGUGUGCCAGGUGCGCAAUGCUGUAGCGAUCAUUUAAUUGAACAAAUUCCUCCUGUAACACAAUGGGGUACAAUUUUUGCCAUACAGUACACAAGACGGCGGAUUUUUGAAUCAGAAGAUGAAGGAAGACUUCUUCCAAACGAGAUAUAUCGUGUUAUUGCUUCCGAAGAUGACACUAGAAUCUUAAUAAACCAAAGUCCUACUUCCAAUGUUGUAUCCAGAAUCAACAAGGGUGAAUACGUUGAACAAGUUCUUAGACUUUCCGAAGGCCUUAAUGAAACGAGGCAUGGUAUCUUUGCGAACAAACCUUGCUUAGUUGCUCAAUAUAGCACCGGAUCGAGUUUUCUGGACUUUGCCUCCCCUUUUAUGAUGAUAGUACCACCCGUGGAACAGUACAUCAGUGAGUUUGUAUUCACAACUGAAGCUCUUGAUACUCCAUAUAAUAACUCACUGAACAUUGUUAUACUCGAAGGUGCUAAUAGGAAUGAUGUACUAUUAAAUGGACAACCAACUGCUGACAAUUGGGCAUCAUUUGCCUUCUUUCAGUCGACACAAUUACAAUUGAACAGUGGCACCUCAUAUACACUUCAAUACACUCCUAAAGAACAAUCUGCAGAGAAAGUUAUGAGAGGAAAUACGACAAUGAAAGCUUCUGAAAUACCAACUACUGCCUCAGCCAUUACAAUGGAGUAUUCCAUCCAAACAACUGCUGAUUCCAUCCAAACAACUCCAGACUCCAUCCAAACAACUGCUGACUCCAUCCAAACAACUACUGACUCCAUCCAAACAACUGCAGACUCCAUCCAAACAACUGCUGACUCCAUCCAAACAACUAUUGGCUCCAAGCAAACUAUUGCUGGUUCGAACCAAACAACUGAUAAAUCCGUCCAAACAACUAUUGGCUCCAUGCAAACGACUGCUGACUCCACCGAAACAACCGAUGAAACCACACCAACAGCUGCUUUCCAAAACUCAACAGCUGCAACCACAUCAUCCUCCGAUUUUUCAUCCAUUUCUACUACAACACAAUCUACAUCACAGGGUCCGACAACCACUCCACUAAAUAUCCCUACAUCCACUACGCCUCCUACCAAUUCCCCUCCUACUCCUCCAACUACCAAUCCCCCUCCUACUCCGCCUCCAUCCUUACAGGGUCUGAUGGCGGCUCACGUGUAUGGACACAAGAUGGGACAAUCUUAUGGUUACCCGGUUGGCAUGGCAUUCAACAUUAUCAAUGCCCUGAACAUUACAAUACCCAAGCCACCUCGAUAUCUCCAAUGCGAGUGUAAAGUAAGAACUGAACCCACUCCAGGGCCAGGACGAAUCGUCUACAAUAUCGACAACAUCCUGUUCAAUGACACCAACAAUAACUGCUCCGACUGCAACAUCAUGCUCCGUCAGUGCCCAAAAUUGUGCUCCCGCAAUAUAAGCAACCUUUUGGGACAGGAUGGUCUUGGUACACUUGUUCUGGUGAACAAUACAAACCAACCGUACAAUGAGACCCUCGGUCAAGUGAUGUGCAAUAAUUACAAUGCUGAGGUUCCAGCUCCUGGGUUACUCCUAGCCACUCAUACCGUCCCUAUUGGUUGUGCUGAAGAGUCAGAUGCUUUGUUUAUACAGACACAGCCUCAGUAUCGUCUAUGUUGUAUUACUAACCCUACUGGUGGACCACCUUACUGGGAUAGUGACUGUGGUGCCCCAACGUCAAAUGAAUAAUCCUGCGACACUCUACCAGUAGACUUUUAAUUAAAAAACUUGAAUGGUUUACAAGUUUCCAAAUGGAUUAUACCUGAAUUUAGACUUAAAGAGGCUCUAUACCAUAGGAUAGCACAAUCAAGACCACUCUGGAAUUUCUUUUGCAUAUUGAGUUGCACCACAUAUUCACCCAUCUACUUACCAUAGAAAAAGUCCCAAAUCCCCCUCUUUCAGUGUUAAUUUUGCGAUUGUGCUGGC